UGGAAGCUCUUCAAGAACGGGCACAACUGAGCGGCUCUGGCUAAAGAAAAAGGGGACGCCUGUUUAGAGGAGUGCUUGCUAAGUUCUUCAUGAGUGCGCACUGAUAGGAGUGCAUAUCCAGCGAAGGUGCAAAGGUAUCAGAAGUUGUGCAUGCGGAUGUUCUCAGAUGACGGACUAGUCUUGGGUACAAAAGCUGGUCAUCCAAUCGUGUCGUGAUGGCAAGAGGCCGGCCUCAUGGCCGGUCCAAGUCCGAUCACAGAGUCUGCCAGGAGGCUCGUCAUGCACGCGCUGCUGAGUACAGGGAGAGGAUCGCCAUCAGUGCUGAGCAGCAGGAGGCACGCAUCGCUGCUGUGAAUGCUAAGUGCAACGUGGAGGAUGCCCCUCGUAGGCAGCGGGGGCAGAAGUCGAGGGAGUCAAAGACCAAGGCAGGGGCGGCUCGGAUGUCCACAGGGGGCCGUGCUUGCAAAGCGUCUGGCAGUGGAAAGAAGAGAGCAAAGAAGGGCCUCGAACAUGUGCUUGGCAGAGCUGCAGAAAGAGACUUGCACAGUCUCUACUGCCACGCGUGCGGCGCCCUUGCAGAGUUUGGGCUGAGGGGAGGCAAGGAGGGGGGCAGCGUCAAGUACACGUGCAGAGCGCACGCCACGCCGAAUGGGUGCUUUCGGAUCGACCGAGUUCGUGCAGAUUGGGCAGAGGGCCAAGAGUUGCGCCGCUUGAGAGCAGAGGAGAGAAGAUUGGAACAGGAGCUGCGAAAGCUGGGAGGGAGCUCGUCCAAUGCAAAACCAACAUCUGCUGCAGUCGGGGAUGAGUUUCAAAGUUCGGGGGUUUGGGCUUCGAUGCCCAUGAGCCGGUCGCUGAUAGCCACGCUCUUGAUGAUCGGUGGCAUCGAGCGUAAUCCUGGACCUGCCGCAGACAAGGGGAGCCCGUACAAGGGAGAUCUUGCACUUCCAGGCAGGACCAGCACAGGCUGCAACGAAGCGCCAGGAACUGUUGUUGAAUCUGAUUGGCCCCUUAACCUGCUGCCCUCUCUCGACGCGCUCAACCCAAGACACAUGACUUCCGAGAACGGAAGAGUAACUCAUGCAGGCAGGGGGCUGGACCUGUUGGCAGGGAUUCCGGAACGAGGGGAUAGCGAAGGCCAGACUCGUCAGCUACACCUGCGGCUACGAGGAGGAGCAGACGACGAGCCUAUGCCCGAGGCCCACAGCGACAAGCCUGCCCUCAUUCGAAUCCAGCUGAGAGGUACCAACGAAAGAUGCUCUUUUGAACCACCUCGCCCUCGAGAAGCAGUUCUGGAGCACCUAAGAGAUGAGGAACGCUGGGGAGAAGGAAAGAUCACAAAGGUGGUGGAUGGGGAGGAGACUGCUUGUAUGAAGGGGGAUGUGCUUCAAGCCGGCGAAUAUAUCUUCACAGCAUUCGAAGUCCAAGGAGCAUCCAGUGCUGGACCUUCAGCCGCACAGGCGUCGAGGCUGGAGCCAACAGAAGGGGCCAAAGGGGAUCUCGGCCCUUCACCAAUCAAAAACUGGAAGGAGCGGGAGAAAGUGGUGGGAGACAAGAUAGUAGAAGCCCACGAAGCGCUGGCGCAUUGCAUGGUUAACGAACCCGAUUCCUUCAGAAGUCCGGUGACAAACGAGCACACAGAGCGCAUUGGAGGCCUUAACAUUGUGGCUGCCCCGCCGGACACCCCCCUGCUCCUUCUCACAAACCUGCCCUCAGGAAACCAAGGAGGAGUCGCCACAGAUGAUGAGGUGCUAAAGUGGUUUCACAAAGCCGACAAUGAGCCGAUUAUUCCUCCCCCUACGGCUGUCCUGCUUGGGCCCCCAGGAAUUGGCAAGACCCGGAAGUGCAUGCAGCUGGGGUCAACUGAGCCUGGCGUCAUUUACCUGACCUGUGAACGGAGUGGGGAGUUGAGGGCCCCUGACAUGGAAGCUGUUCGCGCGAAGCUGGAGCAAUGCGAGGCAGACCCGCAGUCUUGGAAGGCCAACUUUGUGCGUGCCAAGCGACACCUAUUGGCGUGCCUGUAUGCCCGGGUUUCCCUUCUCAAGUAUUUCCUGGACAAUCAGGCACAGCAGGCUUGGGACUUAAGGCACUGGAUGCUCUUCCAGUCGGGAGUAGCGUUUGGCGCCUCAAUGGCGCCCAUGUUGGAACUCUACCGCUCUGCUAGCCUGGUGCAUGUGGAUGAGCUAGAGGAGCAGCUGGCAGCCUUGCUGGGAGAGUGCACCAAACUUCUUGGGGGCAAUCGGCGGGUGUGCAUUGCCUUGGACGAGGCGCAGUCCUGGUCGUCUGCACUAAACCAUUGCUUCUCCAAUGGUAACGAGCCCCCUCAGGGUCGGCCGCUCCUGACUGCUGCCAUGCGCAUCCUGUCAGACCCGCCACUUUCCCAGCACCUGAAGAUCCUACUUGCGGGCACAGGCUUCUCGCUCCUGAGCACAAACAUCAUUGAUUCCGCACUCGCGAAGCAUGGCACGUUCAAAGCCCGGCAGUUGUCGCUUUUCAAAACCCUUUCAGAAGAUGAGGUGCGACAAUACGCGGCGCACUUUGCGGGCAAAGAAGAGGCAGAUGGUGCGGUAGAACAGAUCAGAAAGCUGGUAGGGCGAGCGCGCUUCGUUGUGGGGGCUGUUCAGCGUUGGGUGGGGGAGGGGGGGGAACGAUCAUUGAGGGAUGUGCUUGAAGAAGAGUAUGACCUGCACACGGACCCAGACGCGUGGCACCGCUCUACCCUGGUGCGAGCCCGGUACGAGAAGCUGUACCUCUACGGUACCUUGUGGGCGCAGGCUCAGCACCCUCAGUCGGCCAAGCUGUUUCAGCAGUUGAAGAAAUUGACAUUUGCGCAUUGGGUGAUUGGCCAGCCGGCAUGCUUCCGGAACAAGGAGGAAGUAGACAUUGUGAACCUUGGCUGCGCCCUUCUUGAAGGGGAACGGGAUACUCAGAUGGCGGCCAUCAGGGAGCCCGUCGUUCAGACUGCAGUCCAAAAUUUCCUAAAGCACGAGAUGCAGUGGGAUCCACAGACGCACGCCGAAGAGAUGUUCUGUGAGAGCGGCUUCCAGCCCCAAGUGCUCGGGAACUGGUGGGAGCUGGUUGUGGCGCAGUUCAUCCGUCACAUGUUCGAGACGGAGGAGGCGCUUGCCGACAAGCCGCUCUUUAGCAACCUAGGCCGUGACACGUUACCCCCUGCAUUCAGGGAGAUGGGAGCCAGUCUGGUGGCGGUUUGGCGUGAUGAAACCUCUGGGCAGUUCCGCUGGGAGGAAAUCAAAAAGGAAGAGCGGUUUUUGAGAAUGAAGGUUGGAACCACCGCUUACAGGCUGGUUGACUUCCUGAAGGACCCUCAAGGAUUUGUCCUCUUCUUCCCUGAAGACAAGGCGGGCCCCGAUCUCGUCUUUUUCAUGGUCGUGGGCGGCAAGCUCUUCCUCGUGUUCGUACAGCUCAAACUUGCGGUAGCGGUGAAAGAGCCCUUGAAGGUGAUGCGUACCGUGGACCCCAGCACUGCUUACAGCAAUCACCCCUUAGAACGUGAGUUUCGGGAGGAGAUCAAGGAGGCGCUUGGGCCUGACAGUGGGCUUGCUGGCGUGAUUGCGUGCAUCAUAGGCUACCCGCUUAAGUUGCCACAGUCUAUCUUCGAGGAGGUCCGUGAUUGCAAGCCGCCAAGGAGGGCCUCGAAGCGCCUGCAGUUGGAGGUGGUUGCGGACUACGACAUCUCGCCAGCCGUACGAGUCGUCGUCGAUGGUAGCCAAAAGUCGGAUGAGUUGGCGCGGACAGAUCUGAAGCCCCUUAUUGAUGCACUGAAGAAGGCUGGGGCUGUCGAGACCGGUACCUCUCCGACUGAGGGAUUGAGCAGCUCUACCCCCAUGGACGUGAGCUGAUUGCCGCAAGUGAGGAGUCCGGGCAGAGACCAAGCGCCUAGAUAACUUAGGCAACAUGAAUCGAGACAUUCUCUGAAAUGCGCGUUCCAUGGACCAAGAGAUGCUAAAACCGAUUCUCAAUGAUGGCCCCAGUCCUUGCAAUCAGGACAAGACGUAUGUACAUCUGGUCAUGCCAACGAGCCUUCAUCUUGCAUCCCUAUGGAGCCCCGCA